AUGGCUACUAUUGUCGGGGAUCCGCGUGAUUUCUUCAAAUAUACAAGUGGACGGUGGAUCUGGGAUGAAGAGGAGCAGCUCCGGGAAAGAUACCGUGAAUUUGAUAUACUUGAACUGCAGAAAGUCGCGAUGGAAGCCACGUCUGGUGCGUCUUGUGUCAGCAUGGAAAAACUCAGGGAAGGGUCAUACAACAAAGCUUUCCGACUCACUAUGGCCGACGGCAAGGCGGUUGUCGCUCGAAUUCCGAAUCCGAAUGCUGGACCAGCCUUCUUGACGACAGCAUCAGAGGUCGCAACAAUGGAUUUCUUAAGAACAAUACUCCAAGUCCCAGUCCCCAAAGUUCUUGCGUGGAAUGCCACAGUGGACUCGGCGAACCGUGUAGGGGCGGAGUACAUUAUCAUGGAGCAUGCUCCUGGUAAAAACCUCGCAGAUCAUUGGGCUGAUAUGGACCUUGAGCAUAAGGUCCAAACGAUGAAGGAUAUUGUAACUAUCCAACAGAAGUUGUUAUCAGUGAGGUUUUCUGAUAACGACGCGCCGCCGGGUUCUCAUCCUGCAACAGUCCAAGGGAACGAAUUAUCACAUGGAAUUAGAGAAAAUAUUGCGGAACAAUUUUCUAUCGGACCAGUGGUCGACACGGAAUUCUGGCGUAAAGAGCGAGGCGAUAUGGAUAUUGAUCGCGGACCAUGGGCGUCUGCAGUGGACUACUUAAAGGCUCUUGCGCUUCGAGAAAUAGCUUGGAUCCGGAAACAUGCAACUCCACGCUCUCCCGAUGAUCCAUUAUUCGUUUCACCCAGCCAGAACAACCCCACUGAACAUAUCUCUCUGCUCCACAGAUAUUUGUCUGCUGCUCCUCAUUUGCUUCCCAAGGACGAAGACCUUUUGGGUUCUUUCUUGUGGCAUACAGACCUUCGGACGCCAAAUAUUUUCGUCAACGACACCGGCAAUAUCACCAGCAUUAUUGACUGGCAGAGCACGUGGGCAGGCCCCUUGUUCCUGGAGGGCCGUCAUCCCCAUUUCCUCGACUAUAACGGUGAACUACUAUUAGAACUGCCUGAGAAUUUCAAACAGCUUGACGAGAAUACGCAAAAUACCGUUAGGGACCAAGUCACCAAGUCUAUCUUAUUAUACCUGUACGAAAAAUACACGGCAGAAAGGAACCCGGUGUUGAACAGAGUUCUGCGGUAUCCGAACGGCAAGAUAUUGACCGAUCCGGUUCGGUUUGUUGGGAACACAUGGAAUGGAGACAUCCUGCCAUUACGAGAGACAUUAAUCAAGGUACAAAAAAAGUGGGACCUGUUAGAUGGUACCAAUGAGUGCCCGAUCAGCUUCUCUCCGGAAGAAAUUCACCGACAUUACGAAGAUGCAGAAGGUUGGAAUGAAGUACAGGACUUUUGGGACGCCAUAUCAGGAAUCAUGGGCAGGGACGGCUGGACAUCGCAUGAGACAUACGAUCAGGCCAAGGCCAUAUAUUCCGAAAUUCAGGGAAAAGCAGCCGCUCAAUCGAAUCACGAUGGGUAA